UCAUAUGUGCCCCUUUAACAGGAAACUGUGGCUCCAUUUCAAGUGAAGUGAAAGAAUCCAUUUAGUUGACUCAAGUGACAGAUGAAAUGUAAAAAAUGUUUCAGAAGGUACUGUUCAUUAAGCUGCUGUUGGUGCAUUACGCAACCCAGAUUCAGGCAGAAAUUCAAGCAAGCUGCAAUGAAGAUGUCCCACUUAAGUGUCCAGUUGUUGACAUUGACAGCAUGGAUUUUCUCUCAGUAACAUGGUACAAGCACAACAACCAGAAAAAACUUGGCAUUAUCAGGAGAGGUAAAGAUGAAAAUCUCACACAGCACUACAACUUCACUCGUUCGGCCAGGUUUGGAGAGAAACACAGUCUGUUCCUCGACAGUGUGACACCUGAAGAUUCGGGCACCUAUGAAUGUUACAUCAGUGCAAAUGUAGGGGGUCAAAAUCAAAAUCCCACAGUCGUUCUAACGGUUAAUGUGUGUACGACCCAGGCUGACCUGACAACAAUGACAAGUGUGUUGAACACGACUCACUCCGACCUGCUGUGCCACAACCAAGUUGAGGACCUGCCAGUCAUGUGGAGCAUUGUAGGCUAUGUGGCACUGGGCCUCGCCAAAAUCAUUUUAUCUCUAAUCAGCAUUUGGGUUAUUCAAGCUAUUCGUAUCAGGUCUUCAAGACGACGGCAGCAUAAGUGGUGAAGCUGACUGUCCGACCUGCUUGGAGACUUCAGUGAGAUCAGAGCAUAUAUAUAGACAGACAAAUCCUCUAAAUCAGCCGUUAAAAGAUUUUAUUUUUGCAUUUCUUGUACUUUGAUUGUUUUCAGAGAUAUUCAUGCAUUUUUUCCAGUGAAGUGUCCUCAAUUUGUAAAAAUGUGUCACUGCGCUGACCAGUAAGAGGUCAACUCAACCAGAAAGUUAGGCACAACUUAACAGGAACAGACAUGAGAGGAUGUAAGGCUUAUUUAGAGGAACAAAAACCACCAUGCACACACUGCACACACUGCUACAGGUGUAAACAGCAUCUCUUAGUAUAUAAUAGCCAAACUGUGAUAACUGAUAUAUUGUAACAUCGAAUUUGUGUUGACAUUGUACAGGGAUUUAAACAAACUUCUGAUAUGUUAACGGCAUAUCCCAACAGAGUUUAAAUGACAAAUUUCUUCAAAUUAUUCAUGUUUUUAACUGUGCUGUAAAUAAUUAAUUAAUUUAGACUUUAUAUGAUGAAACUCAGCAACUGAAACACUCACUGGUUUUCACCCACCACAUGUUCCUGUUUAGUUCCUGUCAUAAAUCAAGCACUCAAAGAAAUUAUACCAUUCUGAAAACAUUGACACCACAGACAACAAUAAACAUACUUUCAACAAA